AUGUCAGGAAAUAAGAAAUUUUCUGUCAAUAAAGAUGAUUUGUGGUUAGGUUUAUUAGGUGUCUUUAUUGCACCAGCACCAGUUAUCGCAAGAAAAGGAUUCUUUUCAAGAGAUACGUUAUUGAGUGUCAUUCUAUUUUUAGUAUUUUUCUUCCCAGCUAUAAUUCAUGCAUUUUACGUUAUCUAUGAAACAAGUAAAGAGCGUGAAUUAGAAAAUAGAUCUGAUUCUGAAGAUGCUGUUCCAUUAACUAAUGGGGAUUUCAACGUAGAUUUGGAAUCUAACGCAAAUGAUGCUCUACCAGAAUACAAUGAAGUUGUAGACUCUUCAAAGAUUGCUGAUAUUUCUGAUAAUAAGAUUCAAAAAUAA